UCGAAGACGAAGCCGCUUCUCCUCCGCCUCCACAGUCCAGACCCGCAAGCAAGUAGCGCUAUCCUCUUGUUCCCGCUAGAUUGGUCCUUCGCGGAAUCUCCUCGCAUCCUGCGGGCUGCCCUAUUCCGCGCUAUAAUCCAUCUGCCUCCCCUCCCUUUCCUGCAAUGCAUGGAGGACGAGCGGGGGCUACCAGGCUUCGGAGAUCAGAGGACCACCACAGCGUCUGGGGCGCACUCAGGCCGCUGCCGACCUACCAAUUCCAAACGGAGAGCCUUCCUCAGGUUCUAGUCACUAUGCAACCAUGCAAUUGCAACGUAGCUGUAUUGACAACUGAACGGCAACUGUGGGACACUGACAGUACAAGUUUAGCUGAAAAAAAAAUCAAAUUGACCAGUCUUUUUCGGCUGAAAUUCGGAGUGAGCCUUAUCUUCAGAAGGUUUACCAAAACUAGGGACCUUGACCUUAAGGGCACAAACAAUUUAGAUGUUGGAUGGCCUUUGCCACCAAUCUGAAAAUUGGCUGAAAGGUGAGGUAUUCAAAACCGUGUUAAUGUCAGAGGUGAUAUGGUUUUAGGCUUUAAUUGAUUCUUUUUUGAGGGCAACUACGGCGGGCAAAAGCCUGCCUGAACCUUUUUUAAUUUUCAUAGUCAAAAACCGAAAUACAGAGAAGAAAAAGCCUGAAGCCCAAAGAAGAAAGAACAGCUAGAACUAACCUAAGCUACACUGUACAGAAUCAUGUACAUAGACAGAAAAAUAAACUGGCACACUAUACAGAGGCAGCCAGAUUGCGAAAUCUUACACUCCAGUCAAGGAGAAUGGCUUUUUGAUUUUCAUUUCCGCAGCGGUGUGACCAAAGAGAAAGGUCAGCAGCACAUCUGCUGAAGACGUGGGCGGUCGGUUGGUCUGUAUUGUCGAAGACCUUGGCGUUUCUUCUUUUCCAAAUGUUCCAGAGGGCAGCAAUUAGAACAGUUGAGCGAACCUUGCAUACUUGAGCUCCGUCCCACAACUCCUGAAUAGAGGAGCAUCCAGAGACAUCUUGAUGAAGUGAUGGGAUGGCAGCCCAGAACUGUUGAAUGAACCUGCAAUGGAGGAACAGGUGCUCCGACGACUCGGACAAAGCACAGAAAGGGCAAGCAUCUGAACUGGCUAAACCUUUCCGGAAACGACGCAGAUUUGUGAACAGCCGUUGCCGGCCAGCCAACCAAAUAAAAAGCCGACAUUUAUUUGUUGCAAAAAUUUUCCAAGUCGGAGUUGCAAAAGGAACCAAAGGCAGGUGGUGAAAAGUAAACAUGUAAGCCGAUUUAGUAGUUAAAGCUUUGCCAUUGAGACGCCCAACCCUGAUGUCUGGAACAACCGUGUCGAGACCUACCGAAACAAGCAAGGAUUGCAGUGAUCUAAGCUCAAUGGAGGCUGCGGUCGAUAGCCUUGGGUGCAGCGCAAGUUCAAGGUUAGGGGACGAACAAGCAAAAGCAACACUACAGUUAGGCCUAGAGGAGUGCGAGAAAAGAGCCGGGAACCUAUCCGCUAAGGUGUUCCCUUCGAACCAAAGAUCAAGCCAGAAGGAGGUAGAAGACCCAGAGCUAACUUGCACAGAGGUUACAGAUCUAAAGAGGGGGAGGCAGGCAACCAGAUCUUUCCAAACAAUAGAGUCUAGACGGUGACAAUCUCCAAGGUCGUGGUUUCCGUGCCAGCCAUAACGAGAACUAAACCAAGAUUCCCAAGGGGCCAAGCCAGGAGAGUGCACUUUAGCAAGAAGCUUCAAAAGCAAGCAUUUGUUCCUAGUCUUAAGAGAAGCAAAACCCAGCCCACCCUUGUCAAAGGGCUUGCAGACCUCGUCCCAUGCCACCUUGCAUUGGCCACCGGAAACGUGGUCUUCGCCGGCCCAGAAAAAAGCCCGACAACGUUUGUCGAAAGCCUCUAAAGUGCCAACCGGGAUGAGAAGAGCACCCAUAGCAUAGGCCAACAUGGCAUGGAUACAAGACUUGACCAGAAUGGCACGAGCUGCAAUGGAAAGGAGCUUUCCCUGCCAACCAGACAGAUUUGGAGAUACCCGAUCAAUAAGGGGAAGAAAAGCAGACAAACGCAGCUUAUGGGUAGAAAGCGGAAGGCCUAGGUAGGUUUGAGGAAAAGACGCGACCGAGCACCCUAAGAUGCUAGCGAGGGAAGAGGCUAGAUCCUGCGCCACAUGGAUGGGAGCAAAGGUGCUCUUGUCGAAAUUUAUGUGCAGUCCGGUCGCUUCAGAGAAAGCAAGAAGGAUCCCCUUAAGGUUCCUGAUAGAUUGAUCGUCAGGCUUAAGAAUGAUAAGCGUGUCGUCCGCGUAUUGAAGGACGGGACACGGAAGCGAGUCGUCCAAAGGGUGAGAAAGGUCACCCUGAACCGAAGCAGCCCUAAGUAAAAGACGCAGCAGCUCGGCUACUUUCAGAAAAAGGUAGGGCGAAAGUGGAUCGCCCUGCCUAAGUCCUUUUCUGCAAGAAAACCAAGGACCAGGCUUGCCAUUUAGAAGAAUGGCAGACUGGCUGGAAGAGUUAAGGUCCCCAACCCAAUCACACCAAAGCGGAGGGAAACCCAUGGCCCUCAUAAUCCUGUCGAGGGCUUCCCAAGAAAUAGAAUCGAAGGCUUUCCUAAAGUCCAGCUUUAGCACGAUGGCUGGGGCUUUGCGCUUGUGGCAAGAUUGUACGAUGUCAGCGGCAUAGAUGAAAUUUUCUGCAAUUGAGCGUCCUUUUAUGAAGCCAGUCUGGUCAGGGUUGAUAAUGUAGGGGAUGAGAGGUUGCAGGCGAUUCGUUCGACGAAAUUUGCAUUUCCAUUUAGGUGAAUACAUAAUUUGCGUGGCAAUUGAUUAGGAUUUUUUUAUCGUCACGUUGGUUGCAUGACUCUCCUUGAAGGCUACUUAUAUGUAAACUAGUCCUACUUCUGUGGAACAUGUAUUAUUGUCCUAGGCACGUCUCCCCAGUCCCCUGUGCAUAUACAUGGACAGCUUGUGGCAUGUCUGCACGUUGUCUGGAGCUAGCAAUCAACGCGGAGAACAAUGGCAGCCCUGUUGUGGUUGUUCCCGCUCUGCUUCGCCGGCGGCGUACUUGUUCAUGGUCAGGGGACGCCCGACACCACCGGCUUCAUCAGCAUCGACUGCGGCCUCUCGGAGCAGAGAAGCUACGUUGACGGCACCUCCAAGUUGCCCUACAGCUCAGACGACGGCUUCAUCGACGAUGGCUCCAACUACAACGUCUCUGCGGAGUAUACUGACCUUGCCUACUCCAGAAUUUACCCACAGGUCCUCAACCUCCGCAGCUUCCCUGGCCCGCCGGGACGGCUUGGCUGCUAUACCCUGUCGUCCUUCGUGGCGGGGACGUCAAAGUACCUGAUCCGGGCCACCUUCAUGUAUGGCAACUACGACGGGCUCAACAAGCCCCCGGUCUUCGACCUCUACCUCGGCGUCAACUUCUGGAAGACGGUGAACAUCUCCAAGCCCGACGUGAUGGACGUCGGCGAGGUCAUUGCCUAUAUCCCGGCCGACUCAGUGCAGGUUUGCCUGGUGAACACUGGCUCAGGGACGCCGUUCAUCUCGUCCUUGGAGCUGAGGCCUCUCGAGGACACGCUGUAUCCGCUCGCCAACUCGACUCAGGGACUGUCCCUCAUCGGCAGAUACAACUUCGGCGGAGAUUAUUUGAUUAGGUACCCAAACGAUACAUAUGACCGUGUAUGGGUCCCACAGACCAAUCAGGAGUGGUUUACCAUCUCGACAAGACUGACCGUCGCCAUGCCGGUGGAUGACGACGAUCGUAAACCGAACUACGAUGUACCUUCUGUUGUGAUGCAGACUGCCGUCACGCCGGUCAACACCACUAAGAACCUCAUCUGGUUCCCCUGGGAGGCCCAACCGAACCACAUCUAUCCGUUACCUGGGCUCCUCCCUGUUUUGUAUUUCGCUGAGUUGGAGUUAGUGGACAGCGAGCACGAGCGCAUGUUCUUCAUCAGCAUUGAACGCAACUCCACUUGGAUGCUCCUAGGAAGAUUGGACUACCUCGACACCUUCGUCGAGUACAGAGAUGCACCUUUCCCAUUUAUCAACCCUGAGGACAGCUACAUCUUAUUAAGAGCUGCCAACGCUACAAGAUUGCGGCCGGUUUUAGACAUCAAUGGUACAGUAUUGCCGCCGUUCAUCAACGCCGCCGAGCUUUUCUCCCCCAUUUCCACAGCCGACGUAGGCACUGAAGCUCAAGAUGUGUCUGCCAUCACUGCAAUCAAGACUAAGUAUCAGCUGAAGAAAAAUUGGGUGGGUGACCCGUGUGCCCCAAAGGCACUUGUGUGGGAUGGGUUGAACUGUAGCUAUCCAAUAUCCCGACCUCAAAGAAUCACAAGUGUAAACAUGUCAUUUGGCGGUUUGAGUGGUGAUAUAUCAUCUUAUUUCGCCAAUCUCAAAGCGAUCCAAUACCUGGAUUUGUCAUAUAAUAAAUUGACUGGAUCAAUACCUGAAGGUCUUUCACAACUACCCUCUCUCGUACUACUAGAUUUGACAGGCAAUGAUCUUAAUGGAAUGAUCCCAUUCGGCCUACUGAUACGAAUUCAAGAUGGCAACCUAACGUUAAGAUAUGAUCACAAUCCAAACCUUUGCAGCAACAGCAGUUCUUGCCAGCCUAUGAAAAAGAAUCAAAACUCUAAGAAUUCCACAUACAUUUAUUUACUAAUAGCUGCAGCUUUCAUGGUAGGAGGCCUAGUGGUAUUAUUGGUUUUGGUAAUGAGAGGAAAACAAGGACCGACUAAACCACAGAAUGAGGAGAGCGACUUGCAAACACGCUCGCGCAAUCGUCAGUUCACAUAUACUGAACUGAAGGUGAUAACGUCCAACUUCCAGCGAGUGCUCGGCGAAGGAGGGUUUGGCCUUGUCUUUGACGGCUUCUUGGAGGAAGGUACUCGGGUGGCAGUCAAGCUAAGGUCUCAAUCUUCCAAUCAGGGUGUAAGAGAGUUCUUGACAGAGGCGCAGAACUUAACAGGGAUUCAUCACAGGAAUCUAGUGAACUUGAUUGGUUAUUGCAACGAUGGGGAAUACAUGGCCCUUGUCUAUGAGCAUAUGUCAAAAGGAGAUCUCCAAGACAAACUCAGAGGAAGAGAUGACGGUGAUGGAUGUUUAACCUGGAAACAGAGGCUCCGUAUUGUACUGGAGUCUGCGCAAGGACUCGAGUAUCUACACAAGGCGUGUAGCCCGCCUUUCAUACACCGGGAUGUGAAGACGUCAAACAUCCUACUGGAUGAAAAUCUUAAGGCUAAGGUUGCUGAUUUUGGCUUGAUGAGGGCCUUCAAUCACGAUGGCGAUACCCAUGUAUCCACAGUCAGGGUGGUUGGCACGCCAGGCUACCUUGCCCCUGAGUAUGCAACAGCGUGGGAGCUCACUGAAAAGAGUGAUGUGUACAGCUUUGGGGUCGUGCUGCUGGAGGUUAUCACGGGGCAGCCUCCCUUCGUGCAAAUCCCAGAGGCGCAGCCCACUCAUGUCACCAAGUGGGUGCAGCAGCGCCUCUCGUCUGGAGACAUCGAGGGCGUGGUGGACGCGUGCAUGCAAGGCGAAUUCGACGUCAACAGCGUGUGGAAGGUCGCGGACCUCGCACUGGAGUGCACGGCGCGAACUCCCGAGCAGCGGCCCACGAUGACCCGCGUGAUGGCGCAGUUGCUAGAGUACCUUGAGCUUGAGGAGAGCCGCGGCAUCUUCUACUCCGGUUGCAGCAGCGAUCUCAGCUUGAGUUCUACUAUGUACGCCACCGACCAGGCCACCUCUGAUGUCGCGCAGAGCAUUACUGGAGCUCAUUCUGGCAGAGCGUCAACGGUGGCCAGCGGUCCUGCUGCACGAUGAGGACACUGUUGUCCAGCAUUGGCCCUUGACUUUGUGUAUCUCAUCUUCGAUUUCUGACUUGUGCAAUAACAGGGUUUCAAAGUUGUGGUUAUGUGAUGCUUUUGCAUUGAGGGGUUGAUUAUGGAAUUUUAUAUACUUUAUC